AUUGUGCAAAGCGUCCUAAGCAGUUGUCACAUCCGGUGUGAGGAGCCGGCAGGAUUGAAGGAAGAAUCUGGAGUUGUCCCUCACUUGUCUCCGUUAUCUUUAAACACUUUUGGCUUUGUUUUGAAUUCGUGCAAUCACAAUGACUUUCGAUGUUAGGAGGUUCGAUAUCUACAGGAAAGUGCCCAAAGAUCUUACCCAGCCAACGUAUACUGGAGCUUUCAUUUCGAUAUGCUGCUGCGUCUUCAUGUUGUUCCUAUUUCUCUCAGAACUGACGGGUUUCAUCGCCACAGAAAUAGUAAAUGAACUGUAUGUAGAUGACCCUGAUAAGGACAGUGGUGGGAAGAUAGAUGUGAGUUUAAACAUCAGUUUGCCAAACUUACACUGUGAUUUGGUGGGUUUGGACAUUCAGGACGAGAUGGGCCGACAUGAAGUAGGCCACAUAGAGAAUUCAAUGAAGGUGCCUCUCAGCAAUGGUUACGGAUGCCGAUUUGAAGGAGAAUUCAGUAUUAAUAAAGUUCCAGGAAACUUUCAUGUGUCAACACACAGUGCGACUGCUCAGCCACAGAGCCCCGAUAUGACUCACAUCAUCCAUAAACUCGCAUUUGGAGAGAAGCUUCAGGUGCAAAAUGUCCAGGGGGCUUUUAAUGCUUUGGGCGGAGCUAACAAACUUGAGUCCAAUGCUUUGGCCUCUCAUGAUUACAUUCUCAAGAUUGUACCCACAGUUUACGAGGACCUAUGCGGAAAGCAGAGGUUUUCCUACCAGUACACAGUGGCAAACAAGGAAUAUGUUGCAUACAGCCAUACGGGACGUAUCAUCCCUGCUAUUUGGUUUCGGUAUGACCUGAGUCCAAUCACAGUCAAAUACACAGAGAGGAGACAGCCGCUCUACCGCUUUAUCACUACCAUUUGUGCUAUCAUCGGUGGGACGUUCACUGUAGCAGGUAUCAUCGACUCGUGCAUAUUCACAGCCUCAGAAGCUUGGAAGAAAAUUCAGAUUGGAAAAAUGUCAUGAGUUCACUCACGUCUUUAUUUAUGCCAGCCAAACCUCUGCAUGACCAUUACCACACCCUAUCUUGACCCAAUCUACCCACAACUGGAAAAUAUUAUCUCAUGCAGUUUAUUUCUCAAAAUGCUCAUUGAAUAGACUGGUUUCAGUCUUUCAACAUUUAAUAUGAUGAAUUACAGUAAAAACAGUGUUGAGGUUUGUUAUGGAGAUGUGGUUUCCUUGUUUGAAUGCCACAUUUAAUUCACAAACAUGACCUGAUUCAGUGCAUUUAUAGGACUGACGUGGACAGAACUUGUUUUUCACUUAUAUGAAGGAUGUACUGGGGUUUCCUCAUUCACAUGCACACGAACCAAGAGCUUUAAAUGAAGAAGUGUAUAGUGUUAUAUGAGAAUAAUAAUGUCACUUUAGAUCUGUCAUAGUGAAAUGUUUUAAAUAAAUUCCACUUUGAACCA